AUGGAGUUACCAACCGAGAUUGGCAACCUCUCCAACAUAGGAGUUCUGAUCCUAAGAAGAAACUAUUUGUCUGGAGAGAUCCCUCCAUCAAUUCGAAAGACGGAACGAUUACAAGUACUUGUUUUAGAAAAUAAUUUGUUCUUUGGUGAGAUUCCAACAUGGUUGUUUAAUUUCAACUACCUUACGGAAUUGAGUCUUGGGGGAAACAAACUUAUAAUGAAAAAUGCAAGAAUAGUACCAAGGAGCAUGUUAUUUAAACUAUCAUUGAGAUCUUGCAAUCUUUCAGGGCAAAUUCCCUUUUGGAUUUCCAAGCAGACCGAGCUUUUUUUCUUGGACUUGAGUGAUAAUAAGCUUGAAGGAACUCUCCCUCAAUGGUUAUUUCAGUCUCUGCCUUUAGAAAUUCUCUUACUUUCAAAUAAUAACUGGUCAGGAGUAUUGCCAGAUACAAUGGGUCAAGCCACUAAAAUGAGUGUACUCAUGUUGUCAGGUAAGCAUUUCUCUGGACCAAUUCCAGCAUCCAUCUCAAAUAUGCUUCAACUUAAGUUGCUAGACUUGUCAAGCAACAGAUUUUCAGGCAAUCACUUUCCAAUAUUUAAUCCAAAUUCAUCAUUGGUUUAUAUUGAUCUUUCCUCCAAUAAACUAUCUGGUCAGGUUCCUGCGACUUUUCCUUUAGGAAUAAGAGUGCUCUUGUUAAGCCAAAACGAGUUUUCUCAUGUCUUGCCUCAAAACCUCUCAAAUUCAAGCCAGCUUUUAUACCUUGAUGUCCAUAGCAACAACAUUGGGGGUGAAAUCUCAAAUUUUCUCUCACAUAUGUCUUCUCUCCAAAUUUUGAAUCUUAGAAAUAAUUCUUUCAAAGGGUCAAUUCCAAUUAAUUUGUCGAGUCUCAAUGCUCUUCAAAUUCUUGAUCUCUCUUGCAAUAACCUUAGCGGAAUAAUCCCACAUACUUUAGGAAAUCUUUCCGCGAUGAUCAAUCAUUAUGACGUCUCAUCAAGUUUCACAAGUCAAUUUCUUCCCUGGGCUAACAGUUUGGCUCUGUGGGCUUACAGUCCAUAA